AGUCACAAUAUCCAUCUUCAAUCCAGGACUGGACCCUUAAUCAUAAAACAUAGUCUAUACCGUAUCGCAUACUAGUCAAUCUCUUUUGGCAACCUUAAUCCCUGAGAUCACAAUGCCACCGUCGGACAUAAAACAGAGGGUCCUUAAGAUGGCCUAUCUGAUGCUCCUGUGGCUUUACUUUGACGGGAAAUUAGAAGAAUCAAGAGAAGAAGCGGACGAUUCAGACGCAGACGAAGAUGAAACAAUCGCUCUGGCCAAUGCAAGCGACGAGAUGUUAAUCGAGGCCUUUGACGCUAUGAAUCGAUUGAUGGCUCGUUCUUGACAUCUCCAAUAAUCAGCGCUUGGGUUAGGGACUGGCAUGCUAAACAUACUGUCACUUAGACCAGGAUCUCCGUUACGAAGUUAAUGAGAUCGGACCGUUACGAUGCAAACCAUUCGAGUAUUUUGGGGUGGCUUCAACUUGGAUCUUGUGGUUGGCUUGAAAUAUAUCGUCGAUUGGAAUAUUAUGAGCUGAGUAGGCAUUGGUUGCUUGUUCAAGGGCGAUAAUUCGGGGAUGUUUCCUGACUGCAC